CGAAUGCAUACGGCGCGCAUUCCACCGGCGCUUUAUCUUUAUCGGACCAAAGCAGGUUUUUAAAACGCGUUACCGAUAAGGAGAGAUCGCGCACGUUACCGCUCCAGCCUCUCCAGAGCUUAUGGCCAGAGAAGCCUCCCACAUUUCUGCCUUGGGUCCCCACACCACUCUUUAAAAAUUCCGCCAAAAAAGAGAAGACGAUUCCCCAAUUCCUUUGGGCCAUUGCCUCACGGCGGAUUUUCUGUAAAAGCAUACAACUAUCCAGAGGGACUAGGAAAGGCGCUCUAUAGAGAGCAAUUCAACUUCAACGCAGAGCCGCCUUGGCAGCCUAGCUGAUGAUAGGAGGUUCCAUCUCCUAACUUGUCCAUUUUGUUGCAUAUUUUUAAGGAUCCAAAAAAAUAUUGACCCCUUAUUUGGUGUUUAUUGGUUUAUGAUUGUUGGAUUUGCGGAAUACGGCUGAGAUGAAAGGAUUUAUUGAAGACACAAAUUACUCCAUUGGCCUAUUGGAUGACUCGGCAACUCCUAGAGAUGUUGUUGAUAAUUAUAUUUAUGAGCACACCCUGAUGGGUAAAAAUGCAUUCUUUGUGGCUGACCUUGGGAAGAUCGUGAAAAAACACUUCAAGUGGAAGAAUAUCAUGGGGCACAUAAAACCCUUUUAUACUGUGAGAUGCAACUCUUCUCCUGCUGUACUGGAGAUUUUAGCAGCUCUUGGCAUGGGAUUUGCGUGUGCUAAUAAAAAUGAAAUGUCAUUAGUGUACGACUUGGGUAUCUCGAUGGAAAAUGUUGUAUAUACUAAUCCAUGCAAGCAAGCUUCUCAAAUCAAGCAUGCAGCCAAGAUUGGAGUAAAUCUCAUGACAUGCGAGAGCGAAACCGAAUUAAAGAAAAUUGUGCGUAAUCAUCUUAAUGCAAAGCUCUUGCUUCAUAUUGCCACAGAAGGGAUCAGUGGUGAGGAAGAGAUGAACAUGACGUUUGGCACCACACUGAAGAACUGCAGACAUCUCUUGGACUGUGCUAAGGAGCUCAGUGUUGAGGUGGUGGGUGUAAAAUUUCAUGUUUCAAGCUCUUCUAAUAAUCCACAAACCUAUAUUCAUGCUUUAUCUGAUGCCCGCUGUGUGUUUGACAUGGCAAAAGAACUCGGCUUUAAGAUGAACAUUUUGGACAUUGGAGGAAUUUCAGAAAAUGAAGCACAGUUGGAAGAAGUGUAUCAGGCAGUCAGCCCUCUUCUGGAUGUGUAUUUCCCUGAAGGGUCUGGGACAAGAAUCAUUGCAGAGCCUGGAAGCUUUUAUGUCUCAUCUGCAUUUACACUUGCAGUUAAUGUUAUUGCAAAGGAAGUCACUGAGCAACAUCAGCAUCUUUCUUCUGCAGGAAAACCGAACAGCAACAAACCAGCAUUUAUUUAUUGCAUGAAGGAAGGUGUUUAUGGUUCUUUUGCAAGAAAAUUGUCUGAGAAGCUCAAUACGGCCCCUGAAGUGCACAAGAAAUACAAAGACAAUGAGCCACUCUUUGCCAGCAGCCUUUUGGGUCCAUCCUAUGAUGAGCUCGAUGUGAUUGUGGAGCACUGUCUUCUGCCAGAGCUUGAAGUUGGGGACUGGAUAGUGUUUGACAACAUGGGAUGUGGCAGCGUCAAUGAGACGUCUCCAUUCACUGACUUUGACAAACCCUCCUUGUACAACUUCAUGACAUUCAGCGACUGGUAUGAGAUUCAAGAUACUGGGAAUACAUCAGAAAGCCUGAUGAAGAGCCUGUGCGUGCCUUGUUUCCCCUUGGGUGAAGAGCAAUUGUGCACAGAUUAAUGACAUUAUUUACACCUACAGGCGCAACGACUUACCUUGCCUGGUCAACAUUCCGGACUUGAAUCAAAUGUGGAUCUUGAGCUUCAUGUUUAAAACUUGAAAUUCAGUGAGGCAGAUUGGGACCAGGCAAAAAAAAAAAAAAGCAGAUUCAAAUAUAAUUUAGGGACAAGAAUUGGUAACAACGUCCUGAUUUAAACCUGCCAGCUUCUCCAGCCCCUGCGCAGUUUCAUAAAAUAUGCAACAAAAUGGAUGACUUAGUCGAGAUGGAAGCCAUGAGCCGGGCUCCUUGUAACCGUUUACAUAAGAAGUAACACAGCGUUUUUAUACUAAGGAUUCCUGUUAGACAGUUGUGUAAAUUUAUUGUCCAAUGUCAGUGACAGAUCAGUGUGUGAUUUAGUGUCCGAAUUUGUACAUUUGUGCUUCGCUACAUUAAUAAAUGUAAAACGCAUUGUUUUUUUGUUGUUUUUUAAUUUUAUUUUUCUUGAACUGGCAUAAAAGCUUGUAUGAUUGCAAUAAACUUUUGUGUAGAAGCGA